AUGAGUUGUUUCCGCUAUGCUACCGAUGUUGAUAUACUGAAUAGCCCUAGUUAUAAAGAAACAUCUGCACUUAUUUUUGGAAGACUAGCUAUUGAAAUGGGUAUGCCAGUUGAGUCUGCCGUUGACCGCUUUGCCCAUGCACCUCAGCUUCUACCGGACUACGCUUCCAUAUCUCUCUCGACAGCAUCUCCAACCAUUUUCAGCUCUCCACACGAUUUUGAUGCAUCUUUUGAUCAAUGGCUUGCCAUGUCAAUACCCCCUCAAAAGCAGCUCUUGAAACUUAGUAAAUAUCUACACGACAUCAAAGCAUAUUCGGCGUUCGCAUCGGUAAUACUUCCGCGCUCGUUCAAGAUCUUGGAUACUUCCGGUACCGUGUAUGCGCCCCUGUGGAUUCCGCAUGUCUGGAUAUCGCUUCGAAGGUUUAUCUCCCAAGUCCGCUCAUGGUCGGCUGUGAUAAACGAGCUAAAGCACUCCUCGCGACCGCCUUGUGCACAUUCCGAUAUCGCAUCUAUUGCACUUGCUAGGCUUAAUGCUCUCGAAGUUGAUGGUCCAAUUUCAGCCCUCAAGCCGUUUCGAACACAUUCAUUGACACGCUUUCGGAAUAAUAAAAAGCUUUCCGAUGAGCACAUUAACACAGGCGGACAAUAUAUCAAUUCACACCCAAACCGCUUGCAGACAUUACAUGUGCUGGACUCCCAUUUCCUGCGUUACCUGGAGAGUCAAUUGCCCGACUUAUCCAUAUCUACAACCCAUGGUAGAUCCCACUCAGUUGGCCUCUUAAUUGCUAGAAGGGCUGUCAACGAAUUACUUAUACCAGUAGAUCGCUCUUCACACUGGACGCUAAUUCAUGUUAACAUCCAAUCUCAAACAUACUCCAACGCCGAUACUCUUUGCCCUGAGAAUUUAUCAGGCUCAGAGUCAACAAUUCAGCUGAUUGGCCACUGGUUAUCAUCGUUUGUGGGAAACAGAUUGUGCUAA